AUGGAAGCAGCAGCAGCAGCGGCGGCGGGGGCGAUGCUUGCCACCGGAAAGAUUCGUUUCUCUGCCAUUGUUGCCUUCUCGCUGCUGCGGGCGGCGUCUUCGUCACGGCCGCAUUCGGCCGUCUUUGCAGCCAUGAGAGAGACCCAGGACAAAACGUUGGGGGUGACUGCGGCGUGUGGGGCCGUGGUGCCGGAAACAGAGCGUGGGGCACGUGGCGAGGCGGUGGUGGCUUUUGCGCCACAAGCUGAGACGCCCCCGAAGGAGGCGGCGUCCACCGCAGCGGCAGACGGUGCUGCGAGGGGUGAGGUGGCUCCCUUCUACAAACCGGUGAAUCUUCGCGGGACGCUGUACGAGGGGGAGGUGGCGCAGCGGCUGUGCGACGUGGCCGCGGCACGACAGUUUUGGUCUUCUGUGUGGGCAACGGGGGCGGCUCUGGCGCGCUGCGGCCGCACCGUGAAGGAGGGUGAGGCGGGGGUGGAGGUCCCUACGAUGGUGCAACCCGUCACACGGUACAACCUCGAGCAGACCGGCACCCCGGAUGGGGCAUUCCCGUCUUUGCUGAAGGGUGGAGAGGAAAGGUGGCCGGAGUGGCGUGACGUGCCGCUCAGCGCUGCAGGACGGCCGCACUCACGGCACAUUUAG